ACCGACGCAGGAGAUUCCUCGAUAUCUCCUUCGCAGAAAGCGCUACUUGGUAAAUAAUUAACUUGCUUCUUUGCCAACCUAACAAGUAAUCUAAGAUGGGGCGCGAGGAGCAGAUUGAGGAGAGGGAGGUCCUCGAUUCCAUCUUCCCAGACGAGAUAACCGACAUCUCCGAGACCGAGUAUCGGAUAUCAAUCGCCCUCGACAUCCUCGAUGAUGAAGGCGAACCCCCCGUGAUGCUCCUGAAUGUGCGGUGCCCAGAGGACUACCCGGACAAGGCACCGAUCCUGGACCUACAACCGCCGCACAAUGCGAGCGUGCACGAGUACUUCAGCGUCGCCGACGACAAGGAGCAACUGCUGCGCGACCUGGACGCGACCAUCGAAGAGAACCUGGGCAUGCCGAUGGUGUUCACGCUUGUGUCCUCGCUGAAGGAGGCCGCGGAGCAGCUGGUGGCCGAGCGCAAGGAAAUAGCCGCUAAGGUGCAAGAGGAGGAGCUCCUGGCCGCCGAGCGCGAGGAGAACAAGAAGUUCCACGGCACGGCCGUCACGCCCGAGACCUUCCUCAAGUGGAGGAAGGACUUCUUGAGAGAGAUGGAAGAGGCCAGGAUUCAGGAGGAGGAGGAACGGGCUGCCGAGUUGAAGAAGGCCAGGGUGAAGGAGCCCGUCAAGCUUUCGGGGAAGCAGCUGUGGGAGGGAGGCCUUGUUGGCAAGGACAUCCACGAGGAUGAUUAUGAUGAAAUACCGAUAGAAAAGGUGGAAAGGCUAGCGGUGGUGGAUUCUUAGGCUUGAUGGGUAAUUUUAUGAAACAUGAAUGCAUCGCGUGGCGUCGGGAAUCCAGUGUUUGAGGACAAACACCUGUCUGUAUUCUUAAUCAUGUAGUUCGGGGGCUCAUACGUUAAGCCCUCGCCAUGACGCCCUUACUACGAAGAGAAGAAGAAGUUAAGC